AUGUCUAAAGAAAACGCGAAUCUACGGUUGCUGGGCUCGCCGGUGAAUUUAUCGUACAGAAGUAAGAAGAGGGACGACAGAAAAAACAUACGGAAUAGACCUCGAUCUGCGCUUCAGAAUUCUUGUUUCACGCCGGAUAUCCAAGAGAGUUACAAGCGGCCAUUUUCUGCAGAUGCCAAAGAGAGAGUGCAAUCUACCAGGACUUUCUUCAAAACAUUCAGUGCAGAUCUCCUCGAGUCAUAUAACAACUCGCCUGCCACUAUCAAAGUCUUACCGCCUACAGCCCACUUACUUGGAGACACCAAACUAAAUAACAAGCAAUAUGCAAGAAAAGAAGACUUAUGCAGCAAUGCCUCUGACUAUGGGUCUGAGGACACUUUCAUUAGCCUAGGAACAAAAAUCAAAGCCAAAGCACAACUUAGCCCUAACCCUAAGACUAAAAACAACAACCAAAAAUUUCUUAAAUACCGUAACAUAGCCAGAAAAGGACGAAGAGUCAUGGAUGUUCCUGUAAAUGAAGAUAAAACAAAUGACUACGGUUUAGAAGUUAAAAUAAUGGAGAAACGACCACAAUCACCAACAAAAAGCAGAGAUGGUAACACUAGAUGCUUGUCACCUUCAUUUAAAACUAGCACUUAUGAAUCAUACUUUGUUCCAUUGGACCCUGACGCGCAUAAUCCUUUAGCGGGUAGGGUUUCAUUCGGAGAGAAGCAAGACAUAGAAAACGCCAUCGAUGUAUAUUCUAGACGCCUUAUGCAAACUAAGCAACAGUUGUCUUUAGUUGAAGAGGAGUCUACGCAAGACUUAGACAGUGUCCCAUCUAAUAACCUUCUAAGUUUGUCUCCAGAAAAUUCUUUAGAAGAACUUAAAAAUAAAGACGCGGACGACACAGAAGGCGAUCUAACUGGUAGACAUACUUAUGACGUUCAUGAAAAAGAGGAGUUUCCUAAAGCAUCAGACUAUAUAGCUGAAGCUCGGACUUACAAUAGCUUCUAUGAUGAUUUUCGUUCAUCUUCAGUUGACAACCAUAAGUCCAAGAUGUCUAGCACUAUAGUUAAUACUGAUUCCUCAUCAAAAGAUUCAGGCUACCCUAGCAGCGCUAAUGAUGAGAAAUACUACAAGCAAGGAUACUCCUUACCUACCACUGCGAAUUUGAGGAAAUCUAACUCUGAUAAUAAGAUUUCUGAUCAACCUAAAAGUCUCGAUAGUAUUUCUACGGCGAGCAAUGAAAAAAUACCUAAAGCAUGGAGUGAACCUUUAAAUCAUAGCAGAUUACUGUACAAAGACUUUUUCUUAAAGAAAGAAGGGCAUAUUGCUGUGCCUCCUAGUAAUACUCCAAUCCGUACUGCAAAACACACAUUCCCAAUUCCUGGAAGCAGUGAAACUAAAGAAAAUGCAAAAACAGAUAAAAAAGAAAAUUUGGAAUAUCCUACGUAUCUCCUUAACAGUACUACUAAAGCGUACACGUCCAAAGUUAUUGAAGAUUACAAGAAGGAAUUAGAAGCUAUAAACAACUUGCAUGAUCUUACUAUAAAAGAUAUGCAAACUGAUGCGAUUUCUCCAACUCCAUUGAAUAUUGAUAAAAUGUUUGAACAGCAUUCAAAUCUUUCUGAAGAAAAAAACACUCGUUCUAAUGCGAAAGAUGAUGAUAUCAGUAACAUUAAUAAUCUAGAUAUUAGAAAGAGGAACGUAUCUAAAUUAACAACUAAAGAACUGAUACAAAAUUAUUUAAAAGUCAAAGGCGGUAAUACAAAAGAAUUUGCUAAAAAUCUCAAGAAAUUUGAAAAUAUUGAAGCAAAGCAUAACUGGAAUAACAGAUCUACAAUAGAGAGACGCAGUGCAUCAGUGGCAAGAAAUUUGACCCAGAGGAAUAUGUUCACGAUUAGAACUCCUAUUAGUGCCAGAAUAGAGGGAGUCAAUAAUGACAAGGACAUCGAUUCUUGGAUGUCUCUUUCUGCACCUUCACCUAGUGCUCUUCUCUUAGAAGAUGUAGACACAUCUCCGAUCUCAGAAGAUAAGAGCGAAAAUGAACCUAAACCAACUGAACAGACGGUUCAAAUUCAAGAAAUUAAACAACCUGAACCAACUCCACAUGUUAAUCAAGAACCAGUGAAACCAAAAGAGUUGACCUCCAAUUCGACUGUCUUGGAUAUUUAUUCGAUGUUGAAAGACAUUGAAAGUUUUGGAGAUAAUCCUGUAACGUCUGUUACUAAUGCCAAUGUUGUGGAAACUCCACAAAAAGAAGUCAAGGAAGAAAGAGAAGUUACGCCUAAGGAUAAUUUUAUGGAAAUCUUCGAAUUUUUGGAGAAAGUUGAGCAGAGCGCCAAUGAUGCUCUAUCUGUUGUGACCAGCUCUACUCCUCAAACUAUUCCCAAAUUGGAGGCCCUACUAAAGCUGCCUCACACAGAAAUAGCCCAGAGACUAGUAACGGCUUCCCUACAACUCGAGGAGCGGUCGUGCUGCAUUGCUCUACUGCAGGAGAGCUUGACCAAUCACAAGGAACAGAUGAUCAACAAAGUGAGCAAUUUGGAGAAACAGUCGCUCCGCAACAUCAGCAGGGUGAAGGCGGAAUGCGAGGAGGCUAUCAAAAGGCACCAAGCUUUCAUUGACCAACUAAUAAACGACAAGAAGACACUCAACCACCGAAUCGAGCAGUUAGUAGACGAAAGGCGCUCGCUCGAAGAGCGAUGGAAGCGCUCGGCUCAAGCUCUGGAAGAGCGUUACAAAUUGGAACUAAAAAACCAACACGACAAAAUGGCUGCUGCACAACAGGUAGCAAGGCAACGUUGGGUCAGACAAAAGGCAGAGAAAAUUAAGGAACUGACAGUAAAAGGCCUAGAAGGCGAGCUCCGCGAGAUGGCAGAUCGGCAACAGAAAGAGAUAGCAGAUCUAAAAAUGCACCACGCAGAGCAGUUAGGUCGCGCACAAGCCAAACAUGCUCAAGAGUUAGAGGCGCAACGGAGAGAGCUCGAGGGGGAGAAGGAAGCAGCUUUAGUUAAAGAACGACAACUUGCUAGCUCCAGACUUGAGAAGCAGAUUCUCGAACUAGAGCUGACAUACCAGGAGCAAAGAACCCGUUUGGUGGCAGAAAUGCGCGCUGAGAACGAACGCGUCGCCUCCGGCCUGAGCGAGAGGGAGAAACAACAGAAAGAGAGCUUCGAAAAAUGGAAAGAGGAGCAAGAAAAACUACUCGAAGAAAAGAAACGUCAAAUGGAACAGGAGAUUGCGAAAGAAAGAGAGAAAAUGCAGGAAGAAAUGAAACUAGACAGAGAAGAGUUAGAACAAGAAUUCGAACAACACAAGAAAGAGUUCGAAGCCGAGCAACAGUUGGCACUCAAGAAGAAAGUGACGGAAAUAGCAGCACAGCACAGGCGCGAGCGAGACAGGGAGAUCGAGCGCGCUAUAGAGAGGAUGGAGGAAGAAGCCCAGGCGGGACGUAGAGAGCUGCAGGAGGCUAUUAGGAGAAACAAGGAACAGUAUGAAUGCGAGCUCCGUGAGUUAGCAGACACGGAGCAAGCGACGCUGCGCCGGUACCAGGACGCUUCUGCGCGCGUCCGACACGCGGAGGAUCGGUGUGCUGAAUUAGAAAUCACAAUCUCGCAGCUGGAAACUAGAAACAAAGUUAUUACUGAGAAAAAUACUCAACUGGAAGCGGCCGCCGAACAAAUUCGUUCGAGCUGCGAGCACGCGUGGGAGCAGCGCGUCGAUACGCUGAAGAAAGAGAUGGAAGAUAUGAAGAAAACGCACGAAGAGCAGAUGCACCAGCUCUAUGCCAAAGUAAAAGUGGCUGUGGCGCGAAAGGAUUCCGCUAUCCAGGCUUUGACGCGCGAAACUGCCAAGUACCAGGAGAAGAUAACUAUGUUAGAGCAAAAACUUCAGCAGCAGCGGAAGGAUUUCCUCAAACAAAAGUGAGUCUUAUUACGCGGAAUUACAGUUGAUUAUUGCGUAACAAUGUAUAAAAUAGACCAAGAAU